UAGGGAAACUGGACACCCUGUGACGUAGGUAACUUUUACAAGCACAGCAGUAGUUAGUUUACAUGUACGUGAUUUUCUGACUCAUGGUCAUACAGUAUCCUUCUGCGUAAAUAUUCCGCGCGUUGAUAUAGUUCGUAUCGAAUUUAAAUCACGUUUGGAUAGGAUCGGUUUAUAAAUACUUCACCCUACAUUUCAAAUUUGACUAUUUGAUUGUUUUGGUUUGGUAGGUGUUGCUCACAUAGAGAGGAGGAGAAUUAAUCAAGAAUGAUGUGGGUGGUUAGAGUCAGUGCCUGCAUGUUACUGCUCCACCAGGUCGGAGCAGACUUGUAUCUACACAUGCCAAGAGGCAGCAACAACAGACUGAAUGAAGCUACCGCAACGAGGGCUAAUGCCAACAGAGUGUUCGAUUCUCAGAACAACAACAGAGGAGGAUAUAAUGUUGGAGAUGAAGGCAAAGACAAGUCAGGGAACGAUGAAGGAAAGCAGUAUAGAAUGCAAUAUUUUCAAAGUGCAUCAGCAACUCCUGAUGUGAAAGACAAGACCUACCUGGCCGUAGAAUGGACCAAUCAACACGGCUGUGGGGGAAGUGAGAGUACAGACCCGCAGAAACAGAACUGUCACAUGGUGCUGCAAUACAUGUGUCAGGACGACGUGUCAUCACCUGUAGGUACCGCAGACACUCUUAGAAAUGGUGUCACCACACAGACCCCAAACCACAACAGGGCCCAGAGCUUACAGGAAAAUAAGAACACCGCCCAGAACAGGAAAAAUAACAACAUAAAUACUCAACGCGUGCUGCAGGAGUCGUGGGACUGGUAUGAUAAGUGCUACUUGAGAGAGAGAAAUAAAGGUCUGUUUACUGCUGAUCAGAAGCUGAAGACCAACAAUGGACUGGGAUUUAGCAGCGCCAUCUAUACUCGUGAGAAUCCCAACGGUAAUCGCUAUGGUUACGAGUGUCCGGAGGAGCGGGAUUAUUUCCCGUACUGGCACCCCACCCCUUGGACAGACAUAGCCAUUCUUACAGACAACACAACUCUUUGUGGGCAGUUUGAGGAGGGUAGUUUUAAUAGGAAGGCGUACGGAGAGUGCGUUGAAGAAUACGGGGACGGCAGUCGUAAGCACUGGUCUCGAUGGAACAACAGACAGAAAUGUACGGAGAACGGGGGUCAGUGGGUGGAGUUCAGCAGCUUCAUCGAGAAAGCUCCUCAGUACACUACGGAGUCUCAGUGUACAUCGCAACCGGAACGUGGAAACCGAUUCGUCUGGGCGGUGCCAUACGACGCCACCGACGUCAACAAAAAGGAGUGUCUGGUGCAGGCCCCACCGCUGGACUGUCGACAGGCCGAUUACUCAAGAUCAAAUCACCUUGGUAACGGUGUGAAUGGAGAGGCCAAUCGCUAUCAGUGGACCCUGCCGUUUUUCCCAUCCAAUAAGGACAAACGAUGUGUGUUUAGAAUGAGGUACAACAUUUCUACAGAUGACUAUGCUCCUUAUUCCACCGACAGCUCCAGAAAUUUAAAUAAUGGAAUAGAGGGUAUAGCUUCUCCUAUUGAACAAAAUCCGUACGUUGACGUCGGCGGUCGAUCUGCCCUUCGAUUAAACAUCAACACUGACCAGACAGGACGUAUAUUCCAGGACCGUAGUCACGUCUUCAAGCUUCUAACUCGCCCUACUGCCAUCAAAUCAGACAACAUUUAUAACAUCAAUGUCCGAGGAAAGCGGGGAAACAUAGUGCAGGUGUACCCUGCAGUGGAGUACGAUUUCAUCCCUAACAAUCUGCGUCUGUCUGAGACUGACUCUGUACACAUACAGUGGACCGGCUCAAACUCCCACAAUAAUGGUGGAAAUGGGGGUGAUGGUCAGGCCGGGGAUGAAGGUCAAGGUCAGGGAGGCACAGACAGAAGUAACAUCGUACAGAUUGCCGACCUGAACGAUAAUUUCCCUAUGCCCUUUGAGAGGACCACCAUGUGGGCAAAUGCAAACAUUCGCUGGAUUUAUCAUGGCAAAACUGACAUCUCCCCAGAAAACCUAGCUGUUUCUAUGGCAUCUGCUGGCUAUUACAGAUGUGUGAAGAAAGUUGAUUGUCCGGAGACCACACACAAUGAUUAUAUAGUGGAAACCAAGACGAAAAUGAACAAUUUGCUAAACAAUGCCCCCGCCUCCUUCACCGGGGCCGUCCUGAAGUUUAGAAGGGGAACCUACCACUACGCAUCAACCAGGAACAAUAACUUCUCCAACAGAAGUCAGAAGUCUACACUCAUCGUAGUGUAGGGUUACCUCCCUUGUAUUGUUUUAAACCAUAUGAGAUUAUAUAUCAUACAACACGUAUCAUUAUUGCCAUAUUAAUCCAAAGAUGCUCAAAGAGAAAAUUUCUGAAUGAUAUUUAUUUUCUAUUUUUGCUUUACACCAAAAAUCAGGACAACUGUCUUACAUUCCUUUUGAUGCAUUUACAUGCAAUUUGGUCUCACAUGAACUUGUGAUAAGUUUUCCCAUCCACACAUAUUUCUUGAGACAAUAUGCUAUCAUGAUUCAGAUCAUCAAAAUGUUAUUAAGGAUGCAUAGCAACUGAUAUUCUGCUCAUUCAGGGUUUUUUUUAUUAUAUAAAAAGGUUGAAUUUGAAGGACUGGCAAUUAAAAGAUUGAAAAAAGAACACUUACGAAAGUUUCAUUUCUGUUUCAUAUGCAUUCAUUUUUAUAUGUUUAUCGAGAUCACGGCUACUCUUCAUUCAUUCGGUUUGUAUGUGUGGAAUUUUACGUUUUGUGCAAUAUUUGUCCGCUACUCAGUGUAUGAAAUCGUCCUCUUCCAUCACGAUCACACUUCACUAAAUUUUUGUUUUAGAAUCGGAAAGAAAGCAUUAUUGUGUGAGGAUGUAAAUUUGAUGUGUGUGUCAGAGGAUGUAAAUUUGAUGUGUGUGUCAUUUUCCAUUUUGAUAACGAUUUUGUUAAACUGUUAUUGUUUGUUUAUCUUGCAUAAUUCCAUGGCUCUACAAAGACUAAGCGCUGUGUUAAAACACUAUCCUGCUGGAUCAGGACUACGUUAUCGUAAAUUAUUUGUAUCCAAUGUUAUCGUAAAUCAUUUGUAUUGAAUCUUAUUGCAAAUCAUUUGUAUCAAAUAUUAUUAUAUAUUAUUUGUAUUGAAUUAUUUAAUAUUCAAAUAAAAACUACUUGAAAAAACUUAA